UCUCACUGCCUUUAUGGAGACCCUCGAGCCUUUCCUGAUGUGUUCUGUUCCCUGCCCAGGGGCAGGAGCAGAGGGACAGAGCGGUUCUGCUGGCACCAGGCACCUGGCCAUGCCCAGCCCAGCCCAAGAAUCCCUGCCAGAAUUCACUGCAGCAUUUCCCGGCCCCACGGCGGGUCCGGCUUGGCGGGCAGGCGGCUCCAGGAGUUGCAAGUGGGCAAAACGGGGCCGAGGGAGAGGAGGCAGGUGGUGCCCGUGGGUGAAAUGUCUUUGCUGUGAGCUGGCAGGGAGAGGAGGAGGGAGCAAGUGGUGCAAAGGAAAGGGGAGAGAAAGAGGGAGAAGGCUGGAGCGGUGGAAAGCGGCGGGGAUGGCCAUGGGGAAGGCGGGCAUUUUGCUUUUCAGGUGUGUUGGAGGAAGGGAAGAACUGUGAAAUCCAUGCAGGAAAACUGGGAAGAAAUAGCAGUUGAUGGAAAUCGCCGACAAUUGGGAUUCAUUGCAUCUGCCUGAACUGCAAUGAGUAACCCGGGGGGCAGGGCCCUGGCAGCUCCUCUCCGAAAGAAGCGCGAUACGAAAAAGGCCCCAACAGCGCGGAGGAAGCGGGGGGGGAUCCUCAGCUCUAACGGAGACCGCAGGUGGGCGUGGCCUCCGCUGCUUUCCCGCAACUGAUUGGUCAAAAGGAAAAACGGCAGCUCCGCGCCCACUUCGGCUUGAAAUUUUGGCGGGAGCGGAAACGCUGUGGGCGCAGGGACCGGGGGAGAAUUCCUGGGACGCCCUCCUGAGAUAUCGGCGUGGCUGCGGCACCCGGAGCUUGGAGAUUGCUCCAGCACAGGGGGAUCCGCGCCCGGGUGUGCCUGGCUCGGGGCUCGCUGCGAGCCGAGGGGCCGCGGUGAGGGGCAGGGGGCGGUUCUGUGUGCCACCAGCGCGGCUGUGAAGCUGUUCUCGAGGCCGAUCUCCAAAUGGCUUUUUCAGCACUCCUGAUGUCUCUGGAGAAAGGAGAUGUUUGUUCUCAGCAGAGAGAGGCUGGCUUUGAGCUGGAGGAGAGUGAAUUGUGCUCCCCUCAUGGAGUUGUACAGGAGCUCCUGCAUCUCCAGAAGGGACCAGCAGCUGGGGUUCCACACUUGCCUGGGGUGCAAGAAGCCACUUGUCAUGAGCAGAGGGAUGCCACUUGUGAGUGUGCAGGGAGUGAAGCUGUGGAGAAUGGAUUCUGUACCAGUGAUGGGAGUGUGAGGGAGCCCCUGGGUCCCCAGGGCACAGCAGCCACCAGCAAUGUACACAGAAGGAUCCUCAGAAGCUUCCCAGGCAAGCGGUUCAGGUGCCGUGCCGUGCCCGUGUUGGUGCUGGUUGUGCUCGUGUUGCUGGUGCUGGCUUUGGCGGUGGCCUUGGCUGUGCAGUCAGCCCCACAGCUUCCAGUCACACCUGCGACUCCGCUCUUGGUUCUGGCCUGUCCCUCUGGCUGGGUUGGCUACAAUGGGAUCUGCUACUACUUCUCCAGGGAUUCCAGCACCUGGGAGCAGGGUCAGGAACGGUGCUCCGAGCUCGGGGCCUCCCUGGCCAUUGUCAGGGAUGAGCACAUGGGUUUGCUCUUCCGCCUCCGCGGGAACGUCGAUUACUGGCUCGGGCUGCGCAGACGCGGCCAGCGCCUGCACUGGGGGGACGGCAGCAACUUCAGCUCCCGGGUUCAUGUCCUCGGCGAUUCCGAGUGUGUGUACCUGGCUGACAAUAAAUUUGUGAGUCAGAGCUGCGCUAAUGAGCGUCCGUAUCUGUGCAGCAAGGCCCAAGCUCCCCUGUGACAGGGGCUGCAGAAAGGACCUUCUCCACGCUGGGCAGUCCCAGCUUCACCUCUCAGCCCGGCACAGGCUGCAGCCUGUGCCUUGCCCUCACUCUCAGGGUCACCUCCGUGCCUGUUCCUCGCCACUGCCAAGGCCGGGCUGGGUGUCCAUAGGAAAAGUCUCCGCAAUCCCUCCUGGCCCCGGUGCUGCCUGCAGGGAGGGCAUUGCCCCCGUGACAGCCCCAGCUCCAAGGGCAGCCACCAGCGCCCCUGCCGGCGGUGCGGGAACUGCAGCCAAGGGGAAAGUGCCUGCGGCCGAGAGCGCCUGGGGCUGGAUUUGGGCUCUGUUUGUUGUUAAUGCCGCCCUCGGGGUUGUCUGUCCGCUUUGAGCUACGUACGAGUAAAGAACUAUUAUUCCCCUUCUCAUAUCUUUGCCUGAGAAACCCCUUCAUUUCCAAAUGAGAAUCAUUUGGAGGGAAGGAUUUGACAUUUUCCAUUGCAAGGGAGGCUCCUGCCUUCCUUAGCAGACACCUGUCCUUCCAACCAAAACAGCCCCAUCCCUCUGUGCACUGUGUGGGGAGGAAGGAGAGAGGGAAUCGAGGGUCAAGUGGAGCCCAGGAGGGAUAUUAUGUAGUGGGGGAGGUGCAUCUUUAGGAUCUGACCCACUUCUCAUUUCCAUGCUCUGAAUUGUUUGCUGAUGAAUUCAGUUA